AUGGGCGAAGACAACAUUCCUCUUGCCAUGGGUCGUAUCGAAGGAAAUUCUUUGUACCACAGAUUUAUGUUUGAUGCUGUUCAGAAUGACUGGGCCAAGCAUCUGCAGAUUCCAGACCGACGUUUCCUUCAUGCAGGCAACAGUCACGCACACCAUUUUGGCUCUGUUAAGUUGUGGCAAUCCGAAGACGAAACCACGUUCAAAAUUCUGGUUGGUGCGCUCCAGAGCAUCACACAAGAUUCAGCAAAUCGCUUGAACCACGCUGUUGCCAUUGGAACCGUCGCACAUCCCGUGUAUCUCAACUUCACAUCGAAGAUAUCUUUGGCACAAGCUGCACAGGAAGUCGAUCCAACCUUCCGCGGGUUGCCGUGGACCGGAGACGCUUUCAGAGCAGCAGCAUACACCAGAUCCGACAACUACUGCACUGUAGAACCUGUCUGGGGUGGCGAUAAUCAUCAGGACGAGCCAGCGAAUCAUAUUUUGAUGCUCAACUACGAUCUCGACCACCUCGACAUCGUCGUCGGAGUGACUCCUGCGCAGAGUCCUACUUUCUAUGGCCGAACUGUUGCAACCAUGAAAUCGUGUGCAAAAUUGGACGCAGAGCAUGUUCGUGUGGCUAUUAAGCAUGCAGUCGAGCAAUAUCUGGCACCGGGAACGUCUUCUUGGGAGUGGAAGAAUCCACUGGAUCCAGAGGAGUUCCACUCAGUGGUGAUUCUAGGCGAGGCCACUCAGGCCGACAUCACAUUCCUCUCCUCGAUCGUCGAGGAAGUCCUUCCAGACCACCACCACACAUUGCAGUUCGAGCAGCCGGAAUUUCGAGCAGCCUUGGGUGCUUCCUGCGCAGACUACGUGUUGGACACAUACUUGCCUGAAUCCGAGAAACUACAGGUUGUGCUGCCACGCAACGAAUUGUGA